AUGCAUAAUCUGGCCUUAGCACUCCAUCAGCUAGGCAACCUGAGAGAAGCAGAAGAACUGCAGACACAGGUUUUGGAGGCAAAAAAGAGGAUUCUGGGUCCUGAGCAUCCUGAUACCUUGGCAACUGUGCAUGAUCUGGCAUUAACACUCCUUCAGCUGGGCAACCUGAGGGAAGCAGAAAAGCUGGAGACACAAGCAUUGGAGGUAUUCAAGAGGGUCCAGGGUCCUGAGCAUCUUGAUACCUUGUCAUGCAUGCAUAAUCUGGCAUCUAUACUUUAUCAGCUGGACAACCUGAGGGAAGCAGAAGAGCUGCAGACACAAGUGUUGGAGGCAAGAAAGAGGAUUCUGGGUCCUGAGCAUCCUCAUACCUUGAGAGCCAUGGAUACCCUGGCAUCUACACUCUGUCAGCUGGGCAACCUGAGGGAAGCAGAAGAGCUGCAGACACAAGUGUUGGAGGCAAGAAAGAGGAUUCUGGGUCCUGAGCAUCCUCAUACCUUGACAACAAUGCACAACCUGGCCUAUACCUGGUAUAUGCAGGGUUCUCUUGACAAGGCCAUUGACCUUAUGAGGGAAACAUGUGUGCUGUAUGCAAAAGUUGGUUUGGACCCACAUGGAGCACCUGAUCUUCUAGCUGAAUGGGAGGCAGAGAAGGCAGCCUUGGAGGAUUCUGUAUGA